AUGCUGACUUACACAGACAACAAGAAUCACUAUAUGAAUCUCAACAAUGAUGUAAGGUUGGUGAGUGGCAUUGACUCCUGUUCUGGACGAGUGGAGGUUCUCUAUAAUGGAACAUGGGGAACAGUGUGUGAUGAUGGCUGGGAUCUGUCAGAUGCUGCAGUGGUGUGUAGAGAGAUGGGCUGUGGGAAUGUGAUAGAGGCAAAGAGUGUUGCUUAUUUUGGACAAGGAUCAGGACAGAUAUGGAUGGAUGAUGUAAACUGCGCUGGCACUGAGUCCUCACUAAAGAACUGUACGGCAAGAGGAUGGGAAAGUCACAACUGUGUGCAUUCUGAAGAUGCUGGAGUCAUCUGUGAAGCCUUUAUUAGGUUGGUAAAUGGCAUUGACUCCUGUUCUGGACGAGUGGAGGUUCUCUAUAAUGGAACAUGGGGAACAGUGUGUGAUGAUGGCUGGGAUCUGUCAGAUGCUGCAGUGGUGUGUAGAGAGAUGGGCUGUGGGAAUGUGAUAGAGGCAAAGAGUGUUGCUUAUUUUGGACAAGGAUCAGGACAGAUAUGGAUGGAUGAUGUAAACUGCGCUGGCACUGAGUCCUCACUAAAGAACUGUAGGACAAGUGGAUGGAAAAGUCACAACUGUGGACAUUCUGAAGAUGCUGGAGUCAUCUGUGAAGGUGGAUGAAAGCUACGUAAAUAUUGCAUUUACUGAAUAAAGAUAAACAUUUCUGAUCCCUUUACUCUUUUUUUUAUGUUAGGCUUUAUUAGGUUGGUAAAUGGCAGUGACUCCUGUUCUGGACGAGUGGAGGUUCUCUAUAAGGGAAUAUGGGGAACAGUGUGUGAUGAUGGCUGGGAUCUGUCAGAUGCUGCAGUGGUGUGUAGAGAGAUGGGAUGUGGGAAUGUGAUAGAAGCUAAAAGAGGUCCUUAUUUUGGACAAGGAUCAGGGCCAAUAUGGAUGGAUGAUGUUCAAUGUGCUGGGAAUGAAUCUACACUGAAAAACUGUUCAUCAAGUGGAUGGGGAGUAAACAACUGUAGCCAUCAACAACAUUCUGGAGUCAUCUGCCAAUCUGUUACUAACAUCAGCAGCACCGGUACAACAGUCAGACCAGGGACAACCUCUGCUGAUGUAAGGUUGGUGAGUGGCAUUGACUCCUGUUCUGGACGAGUGGAGGUUCUCUAUAAUGGAACAUGGGGAACAGUGUGUGAUGAUGGCUGGGAUCUGUCAGAUGCUGCAGUGGUGUGUAGAGAGAUGGGCUGUGGGAAUGUGAUAGAGGCAAAGAGUGUUGCUUAUUUUGGACAAGGAUCAGGACAGAUAUGGAUGGAUGAUGUAAACUGCGCUGGCACUGAGUCCUCACUAAAGAACUGUACGGCAAGAGGAUGGGAAAGUCACAACUGUGUGCAUUCUGAAGAUGCUGGAGUCAUCUGUGAAGCCUUUAUUAGGUUGGUAAAUGGCAUUGACUCCUGUUCUGGACGAGUGGAGGUUCUCUAUAAUGGAACAUGGGGAACAGUGUGUGAUGAUGGCUGGGAUCUGUCAGAUGCUGCAGUGGUGUGUAGAGAGAUGGGCUGUGGGAAUGUGAUAGAGGCAAAGAGUGUUGCUUAUUUUGGACAAGGAUCAGGACAGAUAUGGAUGGAUGAUGUAAACUGCGCUGGCACUGAGUCCUCACUAAAGAACUGUAGGACAAGUGGAUGGAAAAGUCACAACUGUGGACAUUCUGAAGAUGCUGGAGUCAUCUGUGAAGGUGGAUGAAAGCUACGUAAAUAUUGCAUUUACUGAAUAAAGAUAAACAUUUCUGAUCCCUUUACUCUUUUUUUUAUGUUAGGCUUUAUUAGGUUGGUAAAUGGCAGUGACUCCUGUUCUGGACGAGUGGAGGUUCUCUAUAAUGGAAUAUGGGGAACAGUGUGUGAUGAUGGCUGGGAUCUGUCAGAUGCUGCAGUGGUGUGUAGAGAGAUGGGAUGUGGGAAUGUGAUAGAAGCUAAAAGAGGUCCUUAUUUUGGACAAGGAUCAGGGCCAAUAUGGAUGGAUGAUGUUCAAUGUGCUGGGAAUGAAUCUACACUGAAAAACUGUUCAUCAAGUGGAUGGGGAGUAAACAACUGUAGCCAUCAACAACAUUCUGGAGUCAUCUGCCAAUCUGUUACUAACAUCAGCAGCACCGGUACAACAGUCAGACCAGGGACAACCUCUGCUGGUAAUGUAGUCUGA